UCAGUUGAAUUUAUCACAAAUAUUUUGAUGAACCAUUUAAAGUCUGCAAGAAUGAGCAACAUGGCCAAUUCAAGAAAUACUCGAGUCCAUCAGCUGCUGAAGCCUUCGAAGAGCAUUCAGAACGAACAGAAAAAGAGUUGAGACAUUUCUUUCCCACUCACAGAGCCCAAUGUGAGCCACCACAAUGUGUUUGAAUAUGCGCCUGGCUCAUGUUCCAAUGAUCAGCAGCAAGAACUUGUUGACCAAAGUGCAAACUCUUCUAUGAGAAAUGUGGCUUCUUCGGAAGUGGAUCUGGAUGACUCCAAGUCAAGUGCGAAUCCAAGUGAACAUGCUGUUGACCCCAAUCAAGACUACAACUUCAGUGAGCCUUGCUACCACGAAGGGUUCAAAGUGAAGGCGAAAGAAUUCGUGAUUGAAUUGCUUAGAAAUGUAACAGUGAUGCAGAAGAAGGCACUAGAGAAGGAAAAGGCGAUAGAUGCAUUGCUUACUCAAAAUUAA